CUACUUUUUUGUCUUGAUUUUUUAUUCGGAAUUUAAAUUAAUUACGUACAUAAUUUUAAUUGAAAACAUCUUGUCAUGGUAGAUAAAAGGAGAAGAUGUUAAAGAGUGAAUUAAAAUUGAAUCAAUAUGCUGAAUAUUGUGGCCAAAAUUUAAUUGCUUAUUGCUGCAUAAAGUUCUUCUACUCGCAGUAGGAUGAAAAAUUGAAGUUUUUUCUUCUUUAGUGUGUCAUUAGCGGUAAGAAAAAUGCAAAUUGCUUAGCCAUGAAGAAGAUCGUGAUUUUAAUUACUCUACUUUUAAAUUUAAGAUUUUCCUUUCAUCGGCUUUUUUUUGGUAAUGCAAUGGUAUUGAAUUUCUGGUUUCUUGCGGGUUGUAUAUACAUCCAAAGACGUUUGCCGAUGAAAUCGAAAGUUUUGCGUAUUUGUGGAUAAAAAGAUGGUUCUGAACUUGUUCUUAUACGUGGGAAAUUUGUGAUUUUUGCAAAAAUUCAGCUAUAUUUAUUGCUAUAUUCUUCUUCACGUUUAUCAUGAGGAUUUUUUGUGUGAUUAUUUUUAGCAUUUUAACCACAAAUCGACUUUAUAAGAAACUAGUCGUUCUCCUCGAGGUCGGCCUGUGUCUUCUUCCUUCUGAGACAAGAAUAAAGUAUCAUAUCAUUGUGAAAAAAAAAUUAAUUGCCAUUUUCUAAGUUAUGAGGAAUUUACAUAAGAUGGUAUUUUCCUCCUUUGGUGGAUACCUCCAAAAAAAAUCGAUUGCGAAGCUUCUAAAAAUCGCGAUGGCACUGAAAGCAAGAAUAUUGCGUUCAUUUUGGAACAAGAUCACCAAAAAGAUCAAUUCUUCAUUUUUUUUCUUCUCCUUUUGAAAACAAAGUUAUUUAGCUUCUGUAGGCUCAUGUUAGCGAUAAAAAUCAGAUAUUUCCUUCGCACUAAUGAGGAGACCAUAAAAUAGUUAGAUCGAUGCCACAAUAGAAGGAAUUCUUUGUUGGCACAUGGUGAAGUUGAAUUGAAAAAUGUCAAAGUCACACAUCCAGGAGAGACGAGAUGAUGUGUUAAUAGCAAGCAAACGUGAAUGCGCGCAGUGAAAGAGCUCGCAUCUAUGCUGGAAUGCAAAAUGAAGUACACACAAAAAAUGCUGAAAUAUUUAGCAUCUAAUAUUGCAUCUAGGUGAGAGUUUAAUAAUGUUAGGCAUAUAGUCAUCACCUUUAUCCCAUAAUUUUGCACAGACUUCACAUUAUUUGCUAAUAAAAAUUUAUAGUUUUCGGCUAUUAGGCUUUAUUGUUUCAUGGUAAAAAUUUUAUUUUUCAAAAUUUUAAUACUUAAUAGUUUUUUUUAAGAAAGUUGAAAGAACUGAAGAAAAAAUUUAAGACUCUUCGGAAAGACUUUUGAAAUAUUUUUAGGUCGGAAUUUAGAACAAUUUAAUACAUUUUGAAUUUCUUUCUUGGAGAAACUUAGGGAAACUUUCUUGGAAAAUCAAAAGAAAGUUUUCAUAGGUUCCAUAGGUAAUUAAGGCAACAUAGUUUGCAGGAUUAUUUCUGAAAAGUUUAUAAUUGCUGAAGUAAUUUAGACAAGAACAAUGGAGUUUAAAAAUAAAAUUAAAAAAAAAUAUACCUAAUAAUAAAAAAAUAAAUUAAAUAAAUCUUAAUGUUAGUAUGACCCUUAACAAUCUUAAUCGCUCUUUUUCUCUAUGUAUUGAGUGUGGGCUUUAAAAUUUCUUUAUUUUUUCAUAAAAAAUAUUAUCAGGAAUAAUCCUGCUUCUGUAAAAUUUUCACGAAUUUCACGUAAGGAUAAUUCUGCAAAGCAGGACUCAAUUAAAAUUCAAAAUGAGUUCUACAACAACUUCUUCCCAUCACAAAUUUUUUUUUCAUAAUUUUCAUGAAAAAUUCCUCUGUAUCUUCCUUCCGUUCUCUGGCCUGUGUCCCAGCAGUAAAAUGAAACUGAAAGUUUUCGCGCUUCCACGGAGAAGCUGUGAGGUAUAGUAAUGUGGAAUAUAACACUAUCGUGCAGAAGCAACAGCAUUGAGAAGGUCGCACGUUGUUUUUUUUUUCUUCAUACUGGCUGUGACGCGCAGAUACUCAUCUGGAGUGAUUGAUACGGAGAGAUGCGGAAUGUGUGGGUUAAUUUUUCGGUGUCUCUAGGCGGAAUCUCAGCAGUGGGUCCCAGGCGCAAUCGGAGUCUCCCCUUUGGCAUGGCAUUCCGCCAAGAAAAAAAAGUUUGAUCAUCAAAUUGCGCAAUUUGAACUCAUCCUCGUUGGUGCGCGUACUCGUCUGUGUUUGGGCACAAGAUGAGCCAGAGCUUGUGGGGCUGGAUGACCUACAACACUGCCAAAAAUUCCACAUGCAAAACUUACACGACGCGGCAUCCAACGGGGGGGAAUCUCAAACACCACCAUUUGCACGAAAGUGCGAUUGUGUUGUGCAGCACGGUCUGUUUUUUUCGCGACUUCUUACCUGGUUGGGGAAGUGACGGUGGUUCACUUUCAUAUGCACAUAGUACAGAGUGGUUGAUGAGUAUAUAAAGAGGUUGGAGGAUGAAUUGUCAUCAAUAGUUACCUCGUGCUCCAGCUGCAGUGAUCACAGCAAUUCUUUACCAAAAAAAAAAAAAACAAAUCAACCCAACACACAAAAUGAAGGCCUUUGUUGUUCUUGCUCUUCUUGUUGCCGUUGCCCUUGCUGCCCCCCUCGAUGAUUCAAAAAAUGCUCAGAUUCUCCGCUACGAGAACGACAACAUUGGUGUUGAUGGAUACAAAUUCGCCUAUGAAACAAGUGAUGGUGUUGCAAGGCAGGAACAGGCUGAGCUGAAGAACAUCGGAACAGAGCAGGAAGCUAUUGUUGUACGAGGAACCGUAUCCUGGGUUGGUCCUGAUGGUGUUACCUACAAACUCGACUACAUUGCCGAUGAGAAUGGAUUCCAGCCCCAGGGUGCUCACCUUCCCCAAGCCUAAGAACUGCCCCCCUCUCCCCUAUCUCCUUUCCCCCAAAAUCUAGUUUGUACAAAAUAUUCUUCCAC